ACUAAUUAGAAGGAAACUGGCAGAGGCCUAAAAUGGAGAUUUUUCAGGCUUUGCUCUACAUCGGUUUAUUAUUCUCCUUCUCUCUCGUCUUCUACAAACUCAUCUUCCCAAGUGGCAGAGUCCAACAUAAAAAUCUACCACCAAGCCCACCUAGAAUUCCCAUUUUAGGCCAUUUUCACCUCUUGAAAAAGCCCUUCCACCAUGCCCUGCACAAUCUCUCCCAAAAAUACGGCCCCGUGUUCUUCCUCUGGCUCGGGUGGCGACCCGUUUUAGUAAUAUCUACUCCCUCCGCCAUCGAAGAGUGCUUCACGAAAAACGACAUAAUAUUUGCAAACCGACCAUUGUUUCCCUCCACAAGGCUACUGGAGAAGGGUUCUCUUGUAAUGAGCCCUUAUGGCCCUUACUGGCGCAACCUGCGCCGGUUCGCCGCCAGUGAGAUUUUCUCGUCAGCGCGGAUUCAGAUGACUUCGAGAAUCCGCGCUGAUGAAGUCAGGUGUCUGGCGAAAAAAUUGUUCGCCAGAGGAAAUCGCAAACCGGCGGAGGUAAAUUCGUUGUUCUAUGUGUUGACCUUUAACAUAAUGAUGAAGAUGGUUUCUGGGGAGAGGUACUUUGAAGGGGAUGAAUUGGAAUCAGAAAAGGGGAGAGUUGAGUUCAAUGACAUUAAGCAGACUUUUGCUCCACUAAGUGGGCCUGCUGUGGGUGAUUUCUUCCCUUUCCUCGAGUUUUUGAGUAAUGUAAUUGGGAGGGUGAAAAGUGAGAGAUUGCAAAGAAAGAGGGAUGCGUUUAUGCAAAAUCUGGUUGAUGCACAGAGAAGAAGAAAGAAGAGGUCUUGUCCAGUUACAGAGGAGGGUGAUGAGAAGAGGAAAAACAUCAUUGAUGUUAUGCUAAUGUUACAAGAAUCCGAGCCUGAAUUCUAUACAAAUGCUGUCAUGAAGGGGAUUAUACUGGUAAUGUUGGUAGGAGGGACGGACGCAUCAACAACUACCCUGGAAGCAGCAGUCUCAUUUCUGAUCUCAAAUCCAAAUGAGUUUAACAAAGCAAGGGAUGAGAUUGAUUCCAAUGUCGGACAAUCUCGACUGGUGGACGAUGGCGAUCUCUCUAAACUCACAUACCUUCACUGCAUCAUAAAUGAAGCGCUCCGAUUGGGUCCCACGGUCCCGUUGAGUGUCCUACACAAAGUGUCGGAAGAUUGUGUCGUAGGAGGUUUCACAGUUCCCAGUGGAACCAUUUUACUUGUCAACAACUGGGCUCUGCACAAUGACCCAACGUUGUGGGCCGACCCGACCUUGUUCAAGCCGGAGCGGUUCAAUGGCCCCGAAGGGGAAAAGGUAGGAUAUAAGUUUGUUCCAUUCGGGUCUGGUAGAAGGGCUUGCCCUGGGGUAAGUUUGGCCAUGAGGGUUAUGGCGUUGGCAUUGGGAACUUUGAUACAGUGCUUUGAUUGGGAAAAGGGUGAGGAGAAUUCCGAGGGAGGUGGAAAUGGAAGGAAAAUGGAAAAUGGAAGAUUGAUGCCGAUCCUAUUUCGGCCUCGUAAAGCAUUAAUGGAUGCUCUUUCUGAGCUGUGAUAGUUUAUGCAAUACAUUCACCCACCCUUCUGUUGAAAAGUAAGCUUGGUUUAGGAAUGAAUAACAGGUGUUUCUACGGUUGGUUUGGAGGCUUUGUGGAUAAGCCACAUAUGUUGACUAUCUAGUUUUGCGAUUGUAUUUUUGAUACGAGUUGGAGAUAAGAGUAAUCCAAAACUCUGACUCAUUCUCUAUCUAUUUCCUUAUAUAAGCGUCUGUGUAAUGAAGCAAGUAAGGGAGUUGAGUGAGAGAAAGAAAGAGAGACUUGUGAGAGUAUUGUAAUCGUUUGUGUGCUUUAUCAAUAAA